CUUCUCCUUCCGUGACCCAAAGCCGAGCGAGCAAACGCGAGCACAAACGCAGCGCCCCACACACGGGCUCCCACACCACACCUCACCUCAGCGCUGGCCCCUAUAAAUACCGGCACUGCCCUCCCCCGCCUCCCACCUCUUCCCUUACUUUCCUCGUCCCAAACGCCGCGCCAAUGCGCCACACCUCGCAGCCGCCGCCGCCGCAGGAGCUCCCCACCGCCGGGGGCGAGAUCCAGGCGCUGAUCCCCGCCUCCGCCGCGGGGCCCUCCUCCUCCUCCUCAUCCGCUGGUGGAGGGGGAGGCAGCGGGUCGUUCACUGCGCUGCUGGGCCUCCCAACCUCUCAGGCCAUGGAGCUGCUCCUCCCCCGCGUGGCGCCGCCCGCGCCCACCUUCCCCUCCGACCCGGACCUCGUCGACCGCGCCGCACGAUUCUCGCCGUUCUCAUCCCCAUCCCCGUCCUCCGCGUCCCCAACCCCGCCUCCGCCCCCGGCCCCUCUCGCCGCCGCCGCUAAGCGCAAGGCCGAACCCGGCGACCGCGCGUCCAAGGGGAAGGCGGCGAAGAAGGGGAAGCCGGCGGCCGGCGACGAGGACGAGAAGCCAGCGUACGUGCACGUGAGGGCCAGGAGGGGCCAGGCGACGGACAGCCACAGCCUCGCCGAGCGGGCGAGACGCGAAAAGAUCAAUGCGAGGAUGGAGCUGCUUAAGGAGCUGGUCCCCGGGUGCAGUAAGGUAUCAGGAACAGCACUGGUGUUGGAUGAGAUCAUCAAUCAUGUUCAGUCUCUCCAAAGGCAAGUUGAGUACUUGUCAAUGAGGCUUGCAGCGGUAAACCCAAGAGUCGACUUUGGUGGGCUAGAUAACUUUCUUACUACGGAGUGUGGAAGAAUAGCAGGCCUAAACUGUAAGAACGGAAUCGACUUAGAGCAAGUCACCUGGCCAGAAAUGGGCGUUCAUGGAGCAAGGCAUCUGAUGCAACUUCAACAGCAGUUCUGGCAUGGUGAUUUAGUGCAUCCACACCAAAUGGCGUCACAGUGGGAAAAGCGGGGGGAUGGCCACCCCCCUGUCUUUAGCAACUCGAGUUCCUCUCUGUUCGGCUACGAUCUAACAAGCUCUGGAGCGCAGCAGCCUCCAACAACCAAGCUAAAGACGGAGCUGUGAGCGAUGGUGCCAGGAGAGCAAGCUGAAGAUAAGCGAUCCGUGAGGUGGCGGCAACAGGAUUUCAGUUGAUCGAGCUACACACGAGCUGUGAACGAACGACGGCUGUGGCUGUGGAUGGCGCUGCACUGAAAUCAACGGCGGCAAUUUGAGAGGAUGUACAUAAAGAGAUAGAGAUACCCAUUGGUGUGGAGCUGAGGGGUGGGUGAAGAUAUCAGCUUUCCUGCUGCUAUUGUUGUAGAGAUGGGCGAGAGAUACUCUGAUCUUAUUGCUGAUAUUCGUGCUGUAUGUCUCUGACUAUAAUGUCCUAAUCUUACGGUUAUAUGAACAGCAUUAUUUGAUGAAGAUAACAUUAUGGGUCCUAUAUCCUUCUUGAUUGCAUUUUCUACAAGUAAUUUAAAAGUAGCCGAUUUGAUUUCUGCA